ACACUCAAUCUCGUUUUGGCAACAUUUCCGAUAGUCUUGAAGGCAGCACCGGUCCCAUUUCACUGCGCAGUCUCCGAACACUUUAACGCGAGCGGCAACUUCACUGGGAGCCUCGCGCGCCCCGCCGCCUGUCGCCCACAACAGCCCGCAUCAUCAUCACCAUCAUCACCACCAUCAUCAUCCUCAUCAGCAUCAGCAGCAACAGCAUCAGUGUGAUGAAGCAGCGGAGGACGGAGACCUUCCUGCUCUGAGACACUGGAUCAGCCCGCAGACAGGAUGGCUGAGGUGAUGAACUCUCUGGAGCCGAGUACGGAGGACUUCAGCGGGGGUGGAGCGGCAGCAGCAGAUCAGGGCGCUAUCUUCCCAGAUGCCCAUGAAAGGUAUCCAAAGCUGUCCAAGAGGCUUCCCUCCAUCGUGGUGGAGCCGACAGACGGAGCCGAGGUGGAGAGCGGCGAGCUGCGCUGGCCGCCGGACGAGCCCAGCUCUCCGGACGCCCAAACUGAGAGGCAGAGCGCAGAGGACCAAACUGCAGAUGAGGAACAGCCGGACGUCGGCGCCGAUCAGGAGGCUUCGGGUGCGGAGAUGCAGGACUCCAACUGAACAAAGUCUCCUCCUGCGUUAGCCGCCAUUACUGUGAGUGUGUCCACACUUUGGAUGAAUGGAAACGAGUCAAACAGAAGAGGCCUGAUUGCAGACUGAUAGGAAGGUUACAGAGACGGAGGAGGGGGAGGAGGAGGAAGAAGGGUAGAAAAGCAGAUUCCCAAACCCCAGCUCAUGGGCUUGGAGCCAGAGUCCUGUCGCCAGCUUCUGAAAUGUUCUGACAGAACGUGUUUGUCCUUUUGUGUGCGCUGAUGAAGCAGGUUUUUCUGACGCAUGAAAGCAAGUGAAGAUGAUUGAAGGGACCAAGUUGCCAUCUUGAAUCUUUUUUUUGGCUCUUUUCUGUUCAUGAGAAGCUGUCUGCCUGGAAAUUAACGAAAUCAAAAUUUAAAGUCCAGCGACUUAACCUCCAGUUUUAAUUGUCACAUUUCCAGCUUUGUGAUUUUGAGAUAUUUGAUGAAUUAAAGUUUCUCUCUGGCUCCAAGCCCUGAAUGUCCAGAUUCCCACACCUGAUCUGGACUGUUGUUUCUAAAUGCUGUCUUAAGUAUUUAGCUCAUGUGUGCCAUACUACUACUACUACUACUACUACUACUACUACUACAACUUCUAUUACUACUACUACUAAAAGUAGCUACUGUCUUUUGUGCACAGUUUUUACAUUAAGUCUAGAUGUAAAUUACAUCACUGUAUGUUAAGUGCUGACUGCUGUAGUUUGGUGAUAUUGGUCUCACUAUUCACUUUGUAAUAAUAGCAGCAGUGUUUUAAAGAACAGUAUUUGAUUAAGAAAGCCUUCAUCACUUUAUUCGAUGUUAUUACAUAUUACAUGAUGCAUUAUUUGAUAGAUUAUAACAUGUAAGCAUUGUCCUGAUAACAGUAAAGGGAAUGUAAUCACGUUCUGUUUUCCGUAAGAUAUUGGAGCAAUAUGUUCACAGGAAUUUAAAGGCCGACCGCUUUGUUACGGACUACAGGAGUAAAAAUAACCGGUAUAUUUUAGAUGUGUGUUGCUCCUCACGUACAUGAUAUUUUUUAAAAUCCUGGAGGCUUAAAUUAUUGCACAAGUAAUAAACCUUUUCAAAAUUCUU